GCGUUUCCAGGAAGUAUGACGCCAGGCUGCUGUUAGCCAGCUAGUGAUGGCUGCUACAAUGAGGCUUGUCAACAGAACCACUUUCAGAUUAAGAAUGGGCCAGCAGUAUAUGUCGUUCAGCUCCGCACCAAAGGAGAAGACGGCAUGUGUAAAAGCUGCUCAUGCUCUCCCACAAACGGUGAAAAUAGUGGAAGUUGGACCCAGAGACGGUCUUCAAAAUGAAAAGACUGUCGUUCCAACAGAGGCAAAAAUCAAUUUAAUUAACAUGUUGUCAGAGUCUGGACUUCCAGUCAUCGAGGCCACCAGCUUUGUGUCCCCUAAAUGGGUUCCUCAGAUGGCAGAUCAAGUGGAGGUAAUGAAAGGUAUCAUUAAGAAACCAGGAGUAUCUUAUCCAGUCCUCACGCCAAACCUGAAAGGCUUUCAAGCUGCUCUAAAGGCCGGAGCUUCAGAGGUGGCCAUAUUUGGUGCUGCAUCUGAGCUGUUUAGCAAGAAGAACAUAAACUGUUCCGUGGAAGAGAGUUUACAGCGCUUCGAAGAGGUCAUGAAGGCAGCUAAAGAAGCUGCCGUGCCAGUUCGGGGUUAUGUCUCGUGCGUUGUGGGAUGUCCGUAUGAAGGCCAGGUGGCGCCUGAAAAAGUUGCACAUGUGGCGAAGCGCCUGUACUCUAUGGGCUGUUACGAGAUUUCUCUAGGUGACACUAUUGGAGUGGGGACUCCUGGAAGUAUGACUAAAAUGUUGGAAGCUGUGGCCAAAGAGGUGCCAGUCAGCGCUUUAGCUGUUCACUGCCACGACACUUAUGGCCAGGCUCUGGCUAACAUCCUCAUAGCCUUGCAGAUGGGAAUCAGUGUGGUAGACUCAUCAGUAGCUGGACUGGGGGGCUGUCCUUACGCUCAGGGGGCUUCUGGGAAUGUUGCAACUGAAGAUGUUGUUUAUAUGCUGCAUGGACUUGGAAUUCAAACAGUGGACAAAUUGGAUUUUGAGAUCAGUAGACAAUAAUCCCUUUCAGACUGGGAGGAGGAGUGCCAACAAUUUUUCUAGACACUAAAUGAAGAACUGGUUCCAGUCUGGAUAGAACACGCCCAAAGAAAUUUAUAGUGUGACUCAACCUCUGCCAGCAACAAGUCCUGACAAGACGGAUACAACAGAAUGAAAGGCACAACUUUCAACUACUGGCUUUGAAAAAGGAAGGAAGCCAAGAAAUUGUGUGAGAAGGUCUUUCCACAAGACCCUAGAGGUUCCCAUCGCGAGCGGGAGGGUGGGAUUGUUUACAGAGACACACAGUCCGACUGGAGAAACAGGAUAAUGGCCAAAGGCAAUCACAUGUGUAACAUCGUAACAACUUUGAGUUGCUACUAUGUCAAUAAAGAACAAAAUCUUGAAGGAA